AUGUCUAAUCAGUAUUUUAAAAUUGACGGAAGUGUCCUUGAAGGAGGUGGUCAAAUUUUGAGAAAUGCAUUAAGUUUGAGCUGUUUGUUAAAGAUUCCAGUCCAUAUAUUUAAUAUACGUGCUUCACGUCCAAAACCAGGACUAGCUGCUCAACACUUAAAAGGUGUUCAGUUAUUAAAAGAGAUAAGUAAUGCUCGUGUACAAGGAGAUCAUUUAGGUUCGACAGAGCUUCACUUUCAUCCCCAACAUAUUAAAAAUGGAAUUUUUUAUGGUGAUACUCAAACAGCUGGGAGUAUUGCAUUAUUGAUUCAAGUGGCCCUUCCAGUUCUAUUAUUUGCUAAUGGUGAAUCAACGUUAGACUUAAAAGGCGGAACUAAUGCAGCUAUGGCACCACAAAUUGAUUACAUAACAGAAAUAUUUCGUGCCAAUUUAGAAAAAUUUCAUGCAACAUUUGAUUUCGAUCUUUUGAAAAGAGGAUAUUUCCCAAAAGGUGGUGGACAUUGUAGAAUAAUUAUAAAACCUGUAAGACAUUUAAUACCUUGUUCAAUUACUGAUUUUGGACAAAUCGAUAAGUUGUUUGGAUGGAGUUUUGUUUCUGGUGUUUUACCAGUUAAAGUUGCUAAUGAGAUGGCAGAUGGAGCUAAACGAAUAUUUUCAAAUUAUUCACAAUCAAUAAAUGUAGAAGCUUAUAAAGAAGAUCCAAAGAUUGCAGAUGGUAAUUGCUCGGGGAUUGUACUCGGAUGCGAAACAACUACAAAUUGUGUAGUAGGAGGAUCUGCACUAGGAAAUAGAAAAGAAAAACCAUUUGAUACGGGACGAAAUGCUGCUGCUGAAAUAGAACAAUGUUUAAAAUUAAAGGCUUGUGUUGACUCAUUUACUCAAGAUCAAUUAAUUAUAUUUAUGGCCCUUGCCAAUGGUGUAAGUCGAAUAAAAACGUUACCUAUUACUUUACACACUAAAACAGCCAUUCAUAUUGCCGAGUCUUUGGCUAAGGUAAAAUUUCAAGUAAAUGAAAAUAAUGAUGGAACAUGCACAAUCGAGUGUUCAGGAAUUGGACUUAAAAAUUCUACAAUUUAAAAAUUUUGAAGAAAAGUAAUUAUACCAAAAAUAGAUAUUUCAAUCUAAAUCUUGACGUUAUUAACAACGUAUUAAAUUAUUUUUGUGUCUUAUGAAUAAAUUUCUUGUUUUUAUAAUUUCUAUUUAAGAAACUAAUAAACUUAAAC